CCUCCCUGCGAGUAGCACGGCCCGAGAGUGCGCCGGGCAAAGCCUUCCGGCGGGGAGAGGCGGCGGGGCCGUGCUGGGCCGGGCCGGCGGGGACAGCGCGGGAGGCGCCAUGGCGCUGCCCGGUGGAAAUAAGGAUAACAUCAGAGCUGGAUGCAAGAAAUGUGGCUACCCUGGUCAUCUGACAUUUGAAUGCCGAAACUUCCUCCGAGUGGAUCCUCAAAGAGAUAUUGUUUUAGAUGUUAGCAGCACUAGCAGUGAAGACAGUGAGGAAGAAGAGCUACAGAGAUUGCAAGCCAUGCGUGAAAAAAAGAAUUUGAAUGAGGAGGAGGAAAAAAAGAAACAAAAAAGAAAAAGCAAAGAAAAACCAAAAUUAAAGAGACCAAGGAAAAGGUCUUCCUCAUCAAGUGCUGCUGAAGAGGAUAGUCCAAAGCCAAAAAAACAAAAAUCACACAAGAAGGAAAGGAAAAAGGAGAAGAAGAAUAAAUCUAAGAAAGGAAAACAUCAUAAAAAGGAAAAGAAGAAGAGACGAAAGGAAAAAAGUUCAUCUUCUGACAGUUCAGACAGUUCUAGUAGUGACUAAUGUGCUGGCCUAUUUUUGCUCUCACUUCUGAAGUGGGAUGAUUUUCCUGUUAAAUCUAACCUAUUUAUGCUUUGCAAUGCUGUUGUUUUAAAAUGAUAUAUAUUUUUUGAAGAAAUCUAUUUGGAAAUGUUAGUGCUUCAAAUUAUUAAAUGAAACAUUUUAAAAAAAA